CAGCAGCAGCUUCCGUUCUGCAGUGUCGCGGCGGCGACACGUGUGUCUCCCCAUCAGGAUUUCUGGAUCAUCCCUACCCCUGGAGAGUUUGUGGCGCCGGAACGCCUUUCAGCUUUAAGGAUGAAGGCGAGAAGAAAUAAAAAACAGGUCCCAAGCUUUAGGAAGUUGCUAAAAACUAGUAAAGUCAAACUUGAAAACAAGCUAAAAAAUAAGCAAUUUAAACAACAAAGCAAUCUCAAGAAGUACCGAAAAGAACAGAGGAAACUAAGGCAAGCUGUAAAAGAUGCUGUGUCUAAGAAACCCAUUCCACUGGAGGACCCGAAGAAAAAACGACCAGGUAAAAGGAUUGAGAGGGAAGAUGAGGAAGAAGAGGAAGCCCUACCUUUAGAUAUGAUGGAUGAAGAUGACUUACAGUUAAUGAAGGAUUUAGGACAAAGAGCAUCUUUUCUAACGAGAGAUCUUUCUUCUAGUGAACCUGUUCAUGCCAAGAAACGAAAGCAUGAGAACAUUAUAGAUAAAUAUGAAAAAAUACCACGAUCUCUGCAAACUGCACCAGAGAAGGAAUUGAUUCACUUGCUUCCUAUCAAAGAUAAAAGUGGUAUAAUCCCACAGACCAGGGAAAAGCCAGUUCUUGACACUAACCAAGAUGAAGAGGAUCAAGAAGAGAUGGAACUUGAGGAAGAGAUUAUUGAAGAUCCUAUUCGCGAGCUGACCAUAGAAGAGCAUUUAAUUGAGAGAAAGAAGAAGCUACAGGAGAAGAAACUGCAUAUUGCAGCCUUGGCAUCUGCCAUAUUAUCAGACCCAGAAAAUAAUGUUAAAAAACUGAAAGAAUUACGUUCCAUGCUGAUGGAACAGGAUCCUGAUGUGGCUGUUACUGUUCGAAAGCUGGUGGUCAUUUCUCUGAUGGAGUUAUUUAAAGACAUUACUCCUUCAUAUAAAAUUCGGCCCCUAACAGAAGCGGAAAAAUCUACCAAGAUCCGCAAAGAAACCCAAAAAUUAAGAGAAUUUGAAGAAGGGCUUGUUAGCCAAUAUAAAUUUUAUUUGGAAAAUCUGGAGCAAAUGGUUAAAGACUGGAAACAAAGGAAGCUGAAGAAAAGUAAUGUAGUUUCCUUAAAGGCAUACAAAGGACUGGCAGAAGUGGCUGUGAAGAGCCUGUGUGAGCUGUUGGUGGCACUGCCUCAUUUCAACUUUCACAACAACAUCAUCGUCCUGAUUGUCCCUCUCAUGAAUGACCUGUCAAAAUCGAUAUCUGAAAUGUGCUGCGAGGCAGUUAAGAAACUUUUUAAGCAAGAUAAAUUAGGCCAAGCUUCCCUUGGAGUAAUCAAAGUGAUUUCUGGAUUUGUGAAGGGCAGAAAUUAUGAUGUUAGGCCAGAGAUGCUAAAAACAUUCUUGUGCCUAAGAAUCAAGGAAGUAGAAGUGAAAAAAGAUACAGAGGACAUUAAUAAACCAAAAAAGUUCAUGACUUUUAAGGAAAAGAGAAAAAAUCUAUCAAGAAUGCAGAGAAAGUGGAAAAAAGCAGAAGAGAAACUAGAGCGAGAGCUUCGGGAGGCGGAAGCUUCAGAGAGUACUGAGAAAAAACUGAAACUGCACACGGAGACAUUGAAUAUUGUAUUUGUAACUUACUUCAGAAUACUGAAGAAGGCCCAGAGGUCCCCUCUCCUGCCAGCAGUUCUAGAAGGUCUUGCCAAGUUCGCUCACCUUAUAAAUGUGGAGUUUUUUGAUGAUUUAUUAGUAGUUCUACAUAGUCUCAUUGAGUCUGGUGACCUAAGCUAUCAAGAAAGUCUUCAUUGUGUCCAGACCGCUUUUCAUAUUCUUUCUGGGCAAGGUGAUGUUCUGAAUAUUGAUCCAAUGAAGUUCUAUACACAUCUCUACAAAACACUGUUCAAGUUACAUGCAGGUGCUACCAAUGAAGGGGUUGAGAUUGUGCUCCAGUGCCUCGAUGUCAUGCUCACCAAGCGCAGAAAGCAGGUUUCUCAGCAGCGAGCCCUGGCCUUCAUCAAGCGCCUCUGCACCCUUGGUCUUCACGUCCUUCCCAACUCAAGCAUUGGCAUUUUAGCAACUAACAGGAUAUUAAUGCAUACUUUCCCCAAAACAGACCUGUUGCUUGACAAUGAGUCUCAGGGAAGCGGGGUUUUCCUUCCUGAGCUGGACGAGCCCGAGUACUGCAAUGCCCAGAACACCGCUCUGUGGGAGCUGCACGCUCUGCGGCGACAUUUCCAUCCCAUAGUGCGGAGAUUGGCAGCUCACCUGAUCGCGGGAGCCCCUUUGGAAGGCUCUGAAGCACUCAAACCAGAGCUGAGCCGAAGAUCUGCUAUAGAACUCUUUGAGGCUUACAGCAUGGCAGCAAUGACAUUCAAUCCUCCUGUGGAAACUUCAAGCUCCAAAAGGAAGGAUAAAGUUUUACAAGGGGAUUCAUUUUUGAAUGAAGAUUUAAAUCAGCUAACGAAAAGACUUUGCAAUGAAGUCGAUACUCAGUUGCCUCUGGAUUUCACCAAAUAUCUGAAGACAUCGCUACGGUAGCAGAAGGAUGAAGAGCCAGUGGACUUGCCUGUGCACUUGCGUAUUUGUGCAGACGCACAUUAAGAUAAUGGUUCUCUUUUUGUACAGGGAAACUUCCCAGGGAAAUUCACCAAGGUGGAAGAGUUACUCUGCAUGGUGCAGGAUUCUGCCCUAAUUCUGAAACAUCUUUUCAUUGAGAAAGGAGAAUCCAACGCCUUUUCCUCCCUUAAUGUUUGGAAACUUCUUUCUUAAUGAUGUUGCCUUUUUGAAAUUUAAUAUACAUAUUAAGUUAGUUUUUUAAAAAAUCUUUGGACUGAAUUUAUUGGGAUGCAGUUGCUAGAUUAAAAGGAGGGCAGAGAGCACAGAAUAAACAAGAUGGUGAGAUUGUUUUUUACAGUUCAGCUAGCUAAUCUUUAUAACUAAAUAAAUCUAUUACUAUUACACCACCAUAGUUGGAAGUGAGAAAAAAUUCUAAAUUUGAGUAUGUUUCUAUGAAAAUUUUUGAGAAAAGAAAAAAUAGCUUGAAAUUGGACACCAGGUUCAUUGGCUCUUGCUGGAUGGUAGGUACACUUCAAGAAGGAAUGUCAUCUGACCUUUGAAAAAAGGACGAGUGCUCAUUCUGGCUACUUUCAAAGAAAGUUUGAAUGUGAUUCUGGUCUUCAGAGUCCUUUGCAUUUUCUGGCAUGCUCUGGAGGGUGGUAGGGGAAAAACUGCCCCACAUCUUACCAUUCUGUUUUAAGGAUAAAGGGUACCCAGGGAAGGGCUUUUUUGUUCUUUUGUCCCUUAUAGGUAAAAUGCCUUAUUCUUAUAAUUAUAAAGCAAUAUAAUACAGCUGUUACCAUAUUAUAAGAAUGGCCUAUGAAAUAAGUGUUUAAUGACCAGGUUAUAAAAAUUUCUCCUGUGAAAAAUUGAAUAAAACAGCUGCCUUUUCUGUUUCCUAGUCUUGUAAUAUGAGAAUUUAAAAAAAGAAAUCACAGCAGUCCAACUGAGUAGAUCAGUUAUUGCUUCAGAGCUAUAGAAGCCAAUGAUUUUGGUCUAGUGCUUAAUGCUUUUUUUUUUGUCAUGAAGUAAUGAAAAUAGAAAGUUGCAUUAUCAUUCCUGGAGUGGGAAUACUAGCUUUAACAGUGCAUAUAAUCUCUUAGCAUGUUCUUGUAUGUGGUUUUAAAAAGCUUUUCUAAGACCAGAUUUUUUAGGCUUGAUUAUUUAAUGAUGAGAAAUGUAUGAUUCAACAUAUAAAUAUUUGCUUUUAACCCACCUUUUAGACAUAGCACAAAGUUCAGGAAUAUUAGGAAUAGUUUGGAUGACCAAAGCAUCUUUCCAUAUCAGAGCACAAGUCACCAAUACAGGCCACAAAUCAUUUAUUUCCCAAAUAUAGACACAAACAUUUAUAUUUCACUUUGGCAGUAGAAACUAGGUGAAAAGUAAAUUUUAAAAUAGAAAUUCAACUAUUUCACACUUGUAUUAUGUUUUUAACCCUCUUGUUACAUAUUUAGAGACUCACAGGACCAUAAAGUUAUAUAUCUAGGUUUUGAAUAUCCUAUAUGAAUUUGAGGCUGAAAUAUAUUUGUGCAUUUAUUUACAUAGGCUUGUAUUGAGUUUCACUUUCAGAACUGAAUAAUGGCAGUCAUUAAUAAUAACAUAGGCACACACAAACAGACACACCUUGAGGCUAUACUAAGCUACAGCCUUAUUUUUUUUUUUUUAAAUGACACAUUGGGCACCUACUAUGUGCUUAGCACUGCUAGGCACAUAAAGGUGAAGUGGGGUAAUGGAGUUAGACAGCCUCAGUCUCCCAUGACCUUGCAACAGUUAAGUCAUCCACACGCACAAAAUUCGACAUUACCCAGUUCAGUGUCAGAGUUGUUUCAAAUUUCGGAGACCUGUGUCAUCUGAAAUAGGGGGUUCAGAGGCCUGCUUGAUGGCAGGCUUGAGCACAGUAUAUUCUGGAUCUAAGAGACCUAUAUGAAUAGUUGGAUAAUCAUGGAGAUUCAGCAAGUAUUUCAGAAAUAUUCACUUCAGGUAUUCCUCUGUCAGAAUACCUAGCCAUCAAUCAAGAGCUGCUUUUAAGAAGCUGAUGCAUGGAGGUGGCAGAGAACACAUGAAUUGUUAGUGAGCCACUGUAUCGGGGAAAUGUUGACCCAAGUGCGGACUUUGUGCAAGAGGCCAUCUCCAGUUUCUGAUGACCUUUGAAGGGCCCGGCAUUCACCUCUUCUCGCCUCACUGCUGAUGUGACAGAAGCAGCUGAAAGGAGUCAGAGGCAGCCACUGGAGAGUGAACACUUUCCCUACAGGCUGCCUCUCUGCCACGUACAAGGUCAGUCACCAGCCAGGAAAACUGCUCUUCCAUUUGCCUGGGAACAGAGCUGUGCAGCUUUGUCUUAGAGUUAACUCAAGUUUACCAGACCAGUAUGCAAACUCCGACUACUUUUCAGAAUUGAGCAAGGAGAGGUCAACAGAAAUGUUGGAGGGGGGAUGUACAUAUAUUACAGUAGGGGAGGCCCACUUUCAUGAAUGAGCCCCCAGUGUCUUCAGAGGCUUCUAUGAAGGCAAAAUCUGAUGAAAAACAAGGCACCUGUAACUCACUUUUGUGAAGUCUAGACCCCAUAUUUAUCCCCAUCUGGAGAAUCUUUAUAAGUAACUGAUACUUACUAAGGAUGACAUGAAAAGAGGUAUUCCCUCAAGAGGACUCUUCCUGCCCCAAGUGUUACUUCCUACAGAUUUAUGCAAAUUUACCCUCAAUUCCUUACCACCCUUGCAUCAUUUUACUUUUUGCAAAGCAACCAAUUCCCGAUGGUGACAGGACGUUAUUUCUCCCAGCAUCAUAGAUCAUAGUGGAUUUCUACUCGAAUCCUUUCUUGCCAGCUAUAGAUUUGCUUUAAAGUUGGUGCUACCUAACAGAGUGACUGUAUUCGUUUUUAGUGAAGCAACUUCAAAUAUUUCUCCCACAAAUAAACCCAGCUUGCAUAUUUGGAUUCUUUUCCAUAUCAGCUUUACUGAUACAAGUUUGUACUGAAAUUUUUAGUAGUCUGGAAAGUAUGAAGUGGUAAUGGGUAUAGUCUGUGUGGCUAUUGUAGAUGCAUUCUACAUAAUAGGAUAGUUUCACUUGGUAUACUAAUAUAGCUGUAUAAUUCACAUAAGCCAUCAAUAAAAAUGUCAUGUUUUUGGCAAACACCAGGUAGGUGCUGGUUAGUUUUAAUAGUAGAGGAGAUCUUUUACAUUUUUAAAAAAAGAUGUUUUUAUUGAUUUUUAGAGAGAGAGGAAGGAAGAGGUAGAGAAACGGAUGUUGAAAGAGAAACAAUCGGCUGCCUCCUGCACGCCCCCUACUGGGGAUUGAGCCCACAACCUGGAAUUAAACCAGUGACCUCUCGGUGCACAGGAUGACAUUCAACCAAAGGAGCCACACCAGCCAGGCGGCCUUUAACAUUUUUGAACAAUGUGCCUUCCUAAAAUCCCAAAGACUCAAUACAAUAGAGUAUGUGCUUUUACCUCAAAAUGGAAUGAACACCAAGUUGAAUUGCAGCACAGGCGAUAGGCCGGUUCACUCACUGGCUGAAACCCAUGCUCAGUCUCAUGGUGUGUCGGAUUUUGUGCUACAGCCAAAUCAACUACGUUAAAGGUUGUGGGCUGGGGUGGGGUGGAGAUAAAGAGAGUCAAGGCUAAAUAGGAAACCUAGGGAGACUAGUUUUGCUUCUCAUUUUAUUACUCUGCCGUUUUACUCAACUCUAGCCAGUGAGGCCAGUAACUCAGUUUUCAAUACAUGGUAAGCCAAACCAGAGGGAAAAAA